GGUGACCAUCUUCUCAAAUGAGCCACCCAGAACACAGUCCUUCCAUCGGCCUGGCUUCGGAUUGGAGGCUGGUGACUCGGGAUAAUGACCUUUAGGACCCCUCUAUUGGUUACAGCCUGUUACUAUUAUUCCUACUACAAUUCAGAAUGCCUGCAACGGGGUGUGAGGAAAAGUAAUCGACCAGUGAUUUCACAUCCUCAGGUAGCAGAAACACAGACGUCUCUGACAGAGCUCCAACUAUCUGAGUGGUCCAGGGCUGACAUCUGCUCAUGUGUCCCUUCUGACAGCGUGCUCACCGAAAUGAGGGACCUUCUUCAGUACACUGCCUGCUUUUUUGCCUUUUUCUCUGCUGGGUUCUUGAUUGUGGCCACCUGGACAGAUUGUUGGAUGGUGAAUGCCGAUGAUUCCCUGGAGGUGAGCACCAAAUGCCGAGGACUCUGGUGGGAGUGUGUCACAAAUGCCUUUGAUGGGAUUCGCACCUGCGAUGAGUACGAUUCUAUAUUUGCUGAGCACCCAUUGAAGCUGGUGGUGACGCGGGCAUUGAUGAUUACUGCAGAUAUUCUAGCUGGAUUUGGAUUCGUCACUCUGCUUCUGGGUCUGGACUGUGUAAAAUUUCUCCCUGAUGAGCCCUACAUCAAAAUUCGCCUCUGUGUCAUUGCUGGAGUUACAUUACUGAUAGCAGGUGCCCCAGGGAUCAUUGGCUCUGUGUGGUACGCUGUUGAUGUUUAUGUGGAACGUUCAUCUCUGAUUUUGCACAAUAUAUUUCUUGGCAUCCAAUAUAAAUUUGGUUGGUCCUGUUGGCUUGGAAUGGCUGGAUCUCUGGGGUGUUUUUUGGCUGGAACUAUGCUCACCUGCUGCUUAUAUGUCUUUAGAGAUGUCGAACCCAAGAGGAACUACCCUUACUCCAUGAGGGAGGCUUAUUCAACUGCGGCUGUUUCCAUGGCCAAGUCAUCCAUAGCACCUCGGACAGAGACUGCCAAAAUGUAUGCUGUGGACACACGGGUAUAAAGUACCGUGUACCAGCCUGUGUUUAUGCACUGCUUAAUGAAUCAAUCAAUAUAUUCAAGUUAAUAAACUAGCAUAAAUUCAGGACCAACUGUCAUUUAGACUCUCUGUUUAAUUAAAUCCGUUUCUCAACUUAGUCAAAAGUCCAUUUCUCAUUACUUUUUUCUAUUAUUAUCAUAUUUUUCCUCAUUUUCUUUCUUUUUACACACCCAGUUUCUCCAUCUCUCUCUCUCUCAGACACACAUACAUUUUAAAGAUAAGAUAAGAUAAGAUGGCUAGGCAUUUGAAAUGUUCAUUUGUGAUUUGUAUGUUGCUGUUAGAAAUUGUGACAUGGUGAUAUUUUAAAAUGAGACAUUAAUAAGAGAAAACGAUUUUCAAAAGAAAUGAUCCUCUUAGUUUUUUCCCCAGCUUUGAUUUACUUUUGUAUUCUCAAUUGAGAGAAAUAUUUAAUAAAUUUAAAGAAAAUGAUUCUAACAUAAUUAAACUACUAUAUGAA